AUUCGUUAUUAGGUUUCGAUGCAUGAUGUGGGGAAACAUUAACACAGAAUGUGGUACAUUUUAUGGCUUCAUGUUGUUAAUAUAAAAGUAAAUUAGUUUUAUUUCAUAGACAACUGGAUGAUAGGGAUAAGUGUGUUUGCAUAAUUUAACCUGAUAAUCACAAGGCUAGCACAGCACGAUCGACGGAACCGGGCUUAAAUAAAGUCUACCACCACACAGUUCGGUGCCUGUUAAGUCGCAUAACAUUGCAUUGAGGUUGUUCAACAAGACCGAAACGUAGCCAGACUAUUUGCAGUGAAACAUCAAAAUGGAAGCCGUUCCUCGAAUGUUUAUGCUCAGUUUAGAGCUAAAAUGGAGCCUGGAAAAAGUAGAAUUCGGGCCCAAUCUCAGACAGUACAUUCAGGGUCACUAUAUGGAAGAUCCUAACAAAUACAAUGAAGAAAUCAAGCAACUGGAUCAGCUGAGAGCGAAUGCCACCAACGUGUCGCGAGAUUUUAACGGUAUCAGCACCCUGAAGAAAUACUAUGGCCAGCUGCACCUGCUGACCAGCCGGUUCCCGAUCACAGACGGUGGAGAGGCAGCUCCUAUCUUCACAUGGAUUGAUACCUUUCACGAGGAGCCGUUCUCCCAUGCUGAUGCUGCCUUUGACCAGGCCUGCAUUCUCUACAACUUGGGAGUCCUCCACUCCGUCUUGGGGGCAAAGGAGUCUCGGGCCAGCGAAGAGGAGAUGAAGGUAGCCUGUACUCACUUCCAGUGCGCUGCUGGGGCAUUCAGCUACCUCAAGGACCAUUUCCAGAGUUACAUGAGUCCAGACAUCUCAUUUGAUCUCAUGACAAUCUAUAUCAACCUCAUGCUGGGCCAAGCCCAGGAGUGUCUACUGGAGAAAUCCAUGCAGGACAACCGCAAGAGCUCCCUAGUGUCCCGCAUCAGCAUGCAGGUGAUUGAGUACUACCGGCAGGCACUCAGGGGCCUUGAAGACAGCAACAUCAGCAGUCUGAUGGGGUCCAGGAGGAGCAAGACGUGGAGGAAGACCGUUCAAGUCAAGAUUACGCACUUCCUGAGUGUGGCCUAUAUGUACAUGAGCAAUCAAGCAGAUGAACAACAGAAACACGGGGAGAGGGUGAGCUGGCUGCAGCAAGCCGUAGACAGACACAAUGAAGCCAUGAAACUAUCCAAGGGAGUGCACGAGGGCAUCCUAGAGGCCCUCAACUUCACCAAAGACGUGGUCUCGGGAAAAUUUCAGGCAGCAAAGAAGGAUAAUGAUUUUGUGUACCAUGAUCAAGUGCCUCCAUUUGAGAACCUCCCCGAAAUCAAAGGUGCAUCCUUGGUCAAAGCCUUGACCUUUCAACCCUAUGAUGAGAGCAUAGCAGGCCCAGACAUCUUCAAGAAGCUGGUCCCCAUGGAGGCCCACGAGGCAGCCUCGUUGUACAGUGAAGAAAAAGCCAAGUUGCUACGCCGAAUCGGAGAUGAAAUCGAAGACAAGACCAAACACCUUGAACAGUUCAUGGCCUCGUUACAACUUGACCAACUCAAACUGGACGGGGCAGAUGAGCCCGAGAGACUGCCCCAGGUCAUGCUGGAGGUGUGUGCUGCCCUCAGUGUCAAGACGGAGCCAAUCAAGCAACUCGUUCAGUGCAUGCAAGAGUUGUCCAGCGUCGUUCUUGAUGUCGAUGCUGACGUAAAGGAACUGCAAGAAAUUCUAGAUGGAGAGGACAAACAAGAAUCUGAGUUCCAGAAGGAUCGGGGUAAGCGUCCUACCAAGAUCAUGGAUGAGAUCAAGCAGGAGUUCUCAAAGUACAAGGAGGGCCACGACAAGGCCAGCAAGUCCAACCAGGAACUACACAAGGCCAUGCAGGUGCACAUUGAGAAUAUCCGCAAGCUGGCUGGGCCACUGGAUGAGUUACAGGCCUCCCUGCCAUCCAUCAAAGAUGCCCAAUCGUCGAGCGACAGAGGGGCGGAGUCUAAGCUGAGCAUGCUCAUUAAGAAGGUGGAUGAAAUGAAGAACCAAAGAGUGAGUCUGGAGACUCAGCUGAGGGACCAGCUUCGCACCGAUGACAUCACCAGCAGAAUCGUUACUACUGAAGGGGGAAACUUGAGGGCAUUGUUUGAAGAUGAGAUGAAGAAGCAUGACACACUGGUCACCUACAUUGAGCAGAAUCUCUCAGCCCAAGAGAACAUACUGAAGGCCUUGACGGAGGCUAAUGCUGCCUACGCUGACACCAGAAAGAUGCACGCCGAAAUCUCCAAGAAUCGAGAGGACAAGAUCCAGGAGCUGAUAGGAUCGUACACAGUCUACGAUGACCUGCUGGCCAAGUCCCAUAAAGGCAUCGAGUUCUACAAUAAGUUGCAGCUUGGGUUGCGUAAGCUCCAGACCCGAACCGACGGGGUCAUCAAGGUCAAGCAGGAGGAACGAGAGGCUGUCUUGGCCAGACUCAAACCAAAACCAGUGCAAGCCAGACCCACCGCGCCAAAGCCAGUCCUCCCUGUGGAUCCCGUGCCCGCCGGUCCUAAACUCUCUGAUUUCUGGAAACCCAAGUCAUCUGCAUCAGUUGGAGGGGGCAGCGUCAGUGAUGUUCCCAUGAUGCCAGCUGCUGUUUCUGGCCAGUAUCCAGGGUCUUUGGAUCACGGAGGCCCGCCCGCAAAUACCAUGCAGCCUGGAGCCCAUCCCAGCCAGGGCCUGGCAAGGCACUCAAGUUUUGACUCUCCAUCCAGCCUGUCUUCACUGGACGGUCAGAGACCUCCAUCUCAAUCCCCAGCAUUUGCACAUCCCGGAUCAGGUCCAGGCUCCCCCCUCCAUGCAUCCCAGUCAAGCAGCAUGGCUUAUGACCAGUCCAGGAUGCCCCAUCGUACCCCCUCUGCACCCAUGAGCCAACCCUCAUCUGCCCCUCCAACCAUCCCAAGUCAUCCCCAAGCUCCUGGGCAUUCAGGAGUGCAGGCACAGCAACCUCACCCCAGUGCAUCGUACCCUGGAAGCCUACCACAAUCCCAAACCCCCGUGAUGCCGCAGUCUGGUUCCCAGCAGCCGAUGAUGCCGGCUAGCAGACCUCAGAUGCAGCCACCCAUGGUUCCUCAACCAUUCAGCCAAUCACCACCCCAACCACCUCAGCAGCCAACUCCAAGAUCACUUCACUCUCAGCAGAUACAGGUAUCGCAUUCACAGAAUCAACCUGGCUAUCCAGCCGCCAGAUCUGUCCCACCCAACAGCAACCCUCAACCAUCAGUUCCUCGCGACCACCAACCACAAGCCAACCAACAGGCUCAGGGUAUACAAGCUCAGCCACACACUAGCACCGCCAUGGUAAGCAGCAUCACAACUCCCAUCCCAUCAGCCGUUACUCGCCCACCGAUGGAAGGCCAAACGCUUGGACAGCAUCAGCAGGUACCCCCAGGUGGUAAUCCACAAUUUAGCCAUCCGAGCACCCAAAUGCCGCAUCAGCCACCCAUGAUGUCACAAUCUAAUGUACCACCGCAGCCGCAACAAACCAACAUGCCCCCACAGAUGAAUCAAUCCCAGCCAGGCUACCAAAACAUAAUGCAGCAGUCGCAGCAGCCAAUGGUUUCACAACCUGGCAGCAACACCCAGUAUCCGAUGACAUCAAACCAAAACAACCAAUCACAGCCACAGCAGAGUACCUCCCAGCCCAUGAGCCACCAACAAGGGAUGUCGCAGCAGCCUGGUAUGCAAGCAACUCAUCCAGCUGCACUACUGCAACAGCAGCAACAGCAGCAGCAGCAACAGCAGCAGCAGCAACAGCAGCAACAACAGCAACAGCAGCAGCAACAGCAGCAACAGCAGCAACAGCAGCAGCAACAGCAUCCGUACCAACAACCCACUCAACAGUUCAGCCAAACCCCCACAGCGAGUCCCCAGCAUAGACCCCAACAGAUUUACCCACAGCCUGGGACUUCCAUCCAAUCUGGCCAACAGCAUAUGGGGCAGCAGCAGCAGCAUCACAUGCAGGCAAAUCAAACACCAACAGCUAGCCCACAACAUAUUAGACCUCCACAACAGGUUCAGUCACAGCCCAGUCCUAACCAACAUGCCAGGUUUGGACAAGGCAUGCCCCAGCAUCAGCAGCAACACUUACAACAACAACAGCAGCACCCACACCAGCAGCAGCAGCCGCCACAGUUCCAACAGCAGCCUUUAAAUCAAGCACGAUUCUCAGCUCCUCAAACUCAACAAGGAAACCCAGUCAGGCCUCAAGGCAUCCCUCAAGGUGGUGGGCAACAAAUGCAUCCAUCUCAGGCUCAAGUACAGCAAACUUACCAUCCUCAGCAGCCUGGCUCAACUCAAACCCUGCCCCCAUCAAACCAAGCUGUAUCUAUGCCCGGAGGUGCCAGGCCAACUAAUGGACAGCCAACUAAUGUUGGACAACCUGUGGGUUAUACAGGGCAGCAAAUAGCUCCAGCGGGGCAGCAGCAGCCACCAGUUAGUCAAGGUAUUCCCAUGGGCCCACAGCAAGGUACCAUGGGACAUCCACCGAGAAUGGCUUCACAAGCUCCAUUUUCACAGGCUGGAGGUCAGGUGUGGUCGCAGCCGCAGCCGCAGCCGCAGCAACAACACCAACAGCACCAGCAGCCAAUCUCUAGCCAACAGCAGCCUCUGCAACAACAUCCUGGUGCAGGACUCGCCAUCCGCCAGCCCUACACUCAGCAACCGCAGCCACAGCCACAGCAGCAGCAGAGUAGUCAGUUCACCAGCAUCCAGCAGGGAAUGGGAUAUGCAAACCAGUCUCAGUUACCACCGCAAAAUUUCAGCCAGUCCAAUCCAGCCCAGCUGCCUCCUGGUGUGAACCCACAAAACCAAAGAAUGCCGCCUCCAGGUAACCACCAACAACCAGAUUUGAACCCAUCCAAUCCCAGAAUGCAGACGCCCAUCCAGAACCAUCCCCUGCCACCCAGCAUGAACCAACCCUUUCAAAGUGGUCCCUCAUCCAUUGCUAACCCUUCCCAUGCAGGAGUUCCAGUGCAGCAGGCUAACAGUUCCGCUGUUCCAUUCCCAGCAGGUUCUCCGGGCCAGCCCUACCAACAGCCACCACAACCCCCUCUGAAUCAAGUCCAGCAGGUCAACAAAGCACUGAAGGAAGAGCAGCAGCGUCUGCCGCAGCCUUCCCUGCAACCUUUGAAAGUAGAGCCCAGCUCCCGGGAUCUGCUCUCAAACAGCCCGGACAACGAGCAGAUAUCUCUUAGUAAACCUUUGAUACCACAAUCAGACACCUCAGAAGCCCCGCCUCAAGAGGCCCCUUCCAAGACCCAAACUGAGCCCCUGACAACUACAACAACCACACCCACGCAGUCUUAUUCAUCCAACGAGGCUGUGUUAUCUGAUGUUUUCAAGCAAGCUGGACUUCCCAGCACAUCCACCCAAACCCACAAAUCGGCAGACAACCAGGCCUCAUUGAAACCACUCAUACCUGGUCCAGCCACAAAAUCCUCUACGUCAGGACAGUCUGCCUCAGCCCGACCCUUCCCAAAGUCUAAAGACCCGUACGAUGAUAAGCAGACACUUGACAAAUUUUUAGAUGAGGUUGAGAGGUUUGAGAAGUACGUUGAUGGCCUCGGAAAACAGAUGCUGAGUGGACCAACAGUACUUGAUGGACUUUGGAAGGAGUUGAGUGAGGCUCAAGAUCGUGACACCAGGCAAUCUUCAAUUGCUGUCGCACGCUGCUACUCCAUCAAGAACAGACACCCAGAUGUCAUGCCAUAUGAUCACAAUCGCGUCAAGCUCCAGACGGGCAAGGAUGAUUACAUCAACGCAAGCUUCAUCAACGAUCUCUCCCCGGCCUCCCCCCACUUCAUUGCCACCCAGGCUCCCUUACCGUCCUCCUACAAUGACUUCUGGCUGAUGGUCUAUGAGCAGCAGGUCUCUCUCAUAGCUAUGCUGGUCUCCCAGGCACCCACGGCCAAGAGUAAAGCGGAUUUUGACCAGUACUGGCCCGAGGAGCGGGGGCAGGUCAAGACCUACGGCUCCAUCCUGAUCAGUUUACAGAGCAAACGAACCACCGACCAUCAGACAGACCGGACCUUCCAUCUGAUCCACAAAGACACUAAGCAGGAGAGGACAGUCUUUCAGCACCAGUUUACUGCCUGGCCAGAAUUUGGAGUCCCAAACAGACCAGCAGACCUUCUACAGUACAUAAGUGACGUCAACGGUUUCUACAUGCAGCAAAGAAGCCUGAGUACUCCCAUUGUAGUACACUGCAAUUCUGGAAUUGGUCGGACGGGGACCUUCUGCCUGAUCUAUUCAGCGGUUCAAGAGAUGAUGUGCGGGGGAGGCAUCGUUGAUAUUCCCAGACAGGUGAAGACGCUGCGACAACAGAGGAGAGGCAUGGUGGCAGAGAAGGAACAGUUAAAGUUCACGUACAUGGCAGUCUUGUGUUUUGCACAGCAGAUCCUGGCAAAGCGUGGCAUUUCGGUGAAGUCCUCGGUUUCAUCCCCACAGGUUGAUCUCAAACAUCUUCAGAGAAUCACCUCCUUCGAUGUCAUCAUGGGCUCCGAUUCCGUCACCAGCCUCCACUCCCGGAUUUCCAAAAUGUCCGUCCGGACCACCAGCCAAGAGACCAUGCCCGUGCAGGAAGCUGCAAGCCCCGCCUUCCAAGACGACCUGACCAAUCCGAGAUCUUUGUCGCCCAUCAGUGACCAUGAGUCAACCAAUCAGGAGCCAUUCCUGCCGCCAAAGACUGAAUCUGAAACAUCCACCGAGGCUAUUCCAUCGGAUAAGGCAACAGAUGAAAUACCCCAAGUGGACUCCCCUGCCAAGUCACUUAGCCCAUCCGACCCCACCCCCUCCCAAGCUGUCCAAGCCCCGCCCACCCUGGUGGAGCUGACGGAAUCCAACCUGACUGACUUUAGUCUGAACCCACCCCAGUUCAUCCCGGAUGUUGUGGAGUCCAGCCAACAAGAAGGUGGGGACCCAGCCCAGGGCUCGCUCAGCCCCACAGACGGCUCCCUGCCAUCUAUUUUGGCCGAUCUCACACCGCAAAACUUUUCCAUGAAGGGCAAAUCCAAGCAGCGGAUCUCCAAAACGGACUUCAGCGGGCAAAGGGGCAUGUUAGGAGCCAGUCAGUCAGAGGAUGAUCCUCUGGGCUCGCUUGAUCCUUUAUGGACGAUGAAAAGUAAAGGGGAAAAUAACGCUUCUUAAUUGCUGUAAAAAAGUCUACUUUUCAUUGAUCAUUGUUAAGCCUACAUGUACUAGUCUUGUAUUAUAAUCUGUCAAAUGAACUUGUGCAAUUCUGCAAUCUUUUGUCCUAAAAAUUAUGUUUAAACUAUUGGAGAAGGUUUUGAGACUAAGACAAGUUUCAAGAUCACUCCCUGCUUGUCUUGGUCUUAGUCUUGGUCUUGACAUCAUCAGAUCCCAAGUCUUGUCUUAGUCUUGAACUAUUUAGGUCUUUCAGUUGGGAUGACCUCGAAACUGAGACCUGAAAUGAGCAUUUAAAUUGUGUCGCCGUUAUAUCCAACAUAAAAUCUGCUUGUCUGAAAAACAGUUCAAUUUGCCAGUAUCCAGAGUUUAAGUAAAACACAUACAUUGUAGAUAUAUGCUGUCCUUGUACAUGUAACAAUUGCGUGUAAUUUAGAGAAUUCCUCUGUAUAACAGAGCCAUGAAAUUGGAGUCAAGGUUACUGGCAACCGAUCACAAUGCUCUGUUCUAAAGGUGUCACAUACACACGUCCAAUCAGAACG